AUGGAUUUGAAAAUUGGCUCUUUUUGCCAAAGACUAGAGGGCGUCGACAGCAACAAUCAGCCAACUUCCAUCUUUACCGCCCCUUUUACAUCUCUUUCGAUCUUUUACGAAAGUUUGCUGAAAAUCUACUUCCAGUUUAAGUACUGGCAAUGCAGCGUUGGCCUUGGUUUAGUUUUCUCCAAUACUACGUUUACUUCAUAUUUGACUCGGAUUACCAAAUCUGUAUAUCGAGUAUCCGGUAAUACAAUCGAUAAUGGAGUAAAGGGUGAGCCGAUAUUAGUAUGUGCGGCAGAUAGUGUGUCUAUCACUUUUGUGACAGAAAAAGAAUUUGAAGGACAUGUUUAUGUGAAAGGCCACUAUGAUAACAGUUUAUGCCGAACAGAUGCCACUCUCAAGAAGAGUGUCAAUUUUACUGUACCGUUCUCCCUUUGUGAUGUACGAAGACAACGUUCGAGUAAUCCACGAGGUCUGUAUGUGUGCAUGACUAUCAUCAUUACAUUUCAUCCGAUGUUUAUCACCAAAAUUGAUAAAUCAUACCGUGUGAAAUGUUUUUACAUGGAAACAGAUCGUACUGUUACAACACGUCUUGAUGUUAGUUUGAACAGUGAACAGCAAAGGAAGAUUGUUGUAGUGAUCGGUGGCGAUAAGCAUCAGGUGAAAACGCUCACCAAUCGUAGCGGUGCAAUGGAUGACUAUGAAAGUGAUACAUUUUCAAACGGAGUGAUCACACAUCAAAUAGCUCUUCCAACUUGUCGGUAUCAAGUUCUUAUGGAUGGACCACAUGGUUCCCCUGUGAAAUAUACUACCGUUGGAGAGCAAGUUUAUCAUCAAUGGUCGUGUGCGGAUGAAGAUGGAACAGUUCCAGAAACAAAUUUGUACUGCACAACCGUUCAUUCAUGUGUCGCUAAGGAAGAAAAUGGAAAAGAGGUUCAGUUGUUGGAUGAAAAUGGCUGUGCUGUUGACAAAUAUUUGUUGAACAAUUUGGUUUAUACUUCUGAUUUGACCGGUGGACAACUGUCCCAGGUAUUUAAAUUCGCAGAUCAAUCAUCGCUAUACUUUCAUUGUCAAAUACGCCUCUCAUUGAGGCGUGGAAGUUGUAAGAGAACAAGUGACAGUUGUUCAGUUGGACCGACACGGAGUAAGAGGGAACUUUCCAUUUCUUCACAAUACAGCGACACAGACGAAACAGUGGCUGAUGUGUUUUCGCAGUUAAUGACGGUGUUUGAUAUCGAUGAUCCAAUAGAUACUGAUUCAUUGCAACGAUUUGAAGCAAAAGAACUGAAACAUACAACUAUUUGUUUGACACCGGUGUCGUUCAGCUUCCUGUUGACGAUCUUCACCGCAGAAUUCCUCAUUUCAACCUUAUCAGUUAUUAUCCUAUAUCGAAAAACCUGCUAUAAACAGGAAUACUGUAUAGAAUGA